UUUAUGGGGUUCCCUAUAGGGGCUGCAGCUCUUAACGAGGCAAGAAGUAAUUAAGGCUGUUUAUCUUCCCUGCUAUUAAACUCCAUGUUCAGGGAACGGCCUGGGUUGGAAUCAGGGUUACCCCCCCCCCAUUUCUCUAUCUCUUAGAGGGUGUCCUGCAGCGCUUCUUAACGAGGCAGGAAGUAAUUAAGGCUGUUUGAUUUUCAUUGCUCCCUUUCACCUUCCCCCCUCCCGAGCACCUGCAGGAAGGAGAACAGACCGAGUAGAAAACGAAAGCUGCUCUGUCAUUAUUGCCAUCACCCGUCGUUGUUGCUAUGGAUGAAGAUAACCCAGCUGAGAGCUUCCAGGAUGAAGCUUCCUGCUCUCUUUGCUUGGGGUUCUUCCAGGAUCCCGUCUCCAUCCACUGCGGGCACAACUUCUGCAGGGCGUGCAUCACCCGUUGCUGGGAAAAAGAAGAGGAAACCUUCCCCUGCCCUCGUUGCAAGGCGACGGCCACGCAAAGAAACCUACGACCCAACCGCGAGUUGGCCAAGAUCAUUGAGAUCGCCAAAAGGCUGAGCCUGAGGGCACCCAAUGCUGGGGAAAGGAUGUGUGAGAGGCACCAGGAGGUUCUGAAGCUGUUUUGUGAGGAGGACCAAGAGCCCAUUUGUUUGGUGUGCAGGGAGUCCCAUGCUCACCGCCUGCACGCCGCCGUCCCCAUCGAGGAGGCGGCGGAAGAGCAGAAGGAGAAAAUCCAGGCUCACGUUCAGAUCCUGAAGGAAAAGAAGGAAAAGCUCCGGGGGCUCAAAGAGGCUGAGGAAGGGAAAAGCCUGGAAUUCCUUGAGAAGGUCCAAGAGGAGAGACAGAAGGUGAUGAUGGACAUCAAGGAGCUGCAGCAGUUUGUGGAGCAACAGGAGAGGAUCCUCUUGGGGAGGUUGGAGAAGCUGGACCAGGAAAUCAUGAGGAGGAAAGAGGAGAAGGUGGCCAAGCUCUUGGAGGGGAUCUCCUCCAUCAGUGAGCAGAUCUGUGAGCUGGAGGAGAAAUGCCAGCAGCCACCGUGUGAAUUCCUACAGGGCAGCAGGAACAUCUUGAGCAGGCUGGAGAAUGAGGAAUCCCAAAAGGACAAGGAGGUUUUGCCUGAAGGAGAAGAAAACCCCACCAGCCCUACUCAGAUACACACAACCCUCAAGGAGACGCUGAUGCAGUUCCGAGAAAGUCUGACGUUGGAUCCCGACACGGCGCAUCCCCGACUGGUUCUAUCUGAAGACCAGAAACGUGUACGAUGGGAAGAGGCCCGAAACCCCGUCCCCGACAACCCCAAACGUUUCGAUUCAUCCCGUUGCGUUUUGGGCUGCCAAGGGUUCAAUGCAGGGAGGCACUAUUGGGAGGUGGAGGUGGGAGAUGGGGAGGCCUGGGCUGUUGGAGUGGCCAAGGAGUCGGUGGAGAGGAAGGGACGGAUCAGCGUUAAACCCGAGGUGGGGAUUUGGGCAGUGGGGCAAUGUGGGGCUCAGUAUCAGGCUCUGACUUCACCCACCAGCCCCAUUGAGCUUCUCUCUGCCCCUAAAGUGAUUGGGAUUUACCUGGAUUAUGAGGCCGGGCGAGUGGCGUUUUUCGAUGCCAACAAGGAGGUGCCCAUUUUUGCUUACCCUCCCACGUCUUUUGGAGGGGAGAGGGUCCUUCCACUGCUCUGCCUGGGGAGGGGCUGCUGCUUCACGCUGUCCCCAUGAGACCCCAUGGGGCAGCAAAGCCUUGAGCAUCACUCACUCAGAUCUGGGGAAACCAAAGGGUCUCCUCACCCCAAAUCUGGGGAGAUCUCAUGGUCUCAUCGCCCCAAGUCUGGGGGUACCCCAUGGUUUAUGAAAACCCAAAUCUGGGGGUACCCCACGGUCUCAUCACCCCAAGACUGGGGGUACCCCAUAGUCACAUCACCCCAAGUCUGGGGGCACCCCAUAGUUUCAUCCCCCCAAGACUAUGGGUACCCCUUAGUUUUAUCACCCCAAGUCUGGGGGUACCCCAUGGUCUCAUCACCCCAAGUCUGGGGGCACCCCAUGGUCUCAUCACCUCAAGACUGUGGGUACCCCAUAGUUUCAUCACCCCAAGUCUGGGGGUACCCCAUGGUUUAUGAAACCCCAGACUUUCUGGGGGUACCCCAUGGUCUCACUACCCCAAGUCUGGGGGCACCCCAUGGUCUCAUCACUCCAAGUCUGGGAGUACCCUAUAGAUUCAUCCCCCCAAGUCUAGGGGCACCCCAUGGUCUCAUAACCUCAAGUCUGGGGGCACCCUAUGGUCUAAUCACCCCAAGACUGAGGGCACCACAUAGUCUUAUCACUCCAAGUCUGGGGGGUCCCCAUGGUCUAAUCACCCCAAAACUGGGGGUUAUUAUAAGUGUUAUUUGCUGUAAUCCUGGCUACCAAAUACAGAAAUAAUAAGAAAUGGCCUCUUUUAAUCAAUAAUUGUGGUGUCUUUCAGUUUGGACCCCGGGACUGGGGGUGGUGAAUGGGGUCACCUACAGAACCCCCAUUGGAUCAGAGCACAACAGCCAAUGAUGCAUCGUGCAUUGGCCAUAUUACCCAAAACCACCUGAAUUUCAGUGUUUUAAGUCAAAAUUAAGAGAUAAAACGCCUUCCAGAUCUUAAGCCAUAGGGGCUUAAUAGGGGCUUAAUAGAGGCUUAAUUGGGGCUUAAUAGGGGCUUAAUAGAGGCUUAAUUGGGGCUUAAUAGGGGCUUAAUAGGGGCUUAAUAGGGGCCCAUAGGGGUUGGUUGAAUUGGAAGGGACCCUUGAUGAUCAUCAAGGUAAUGAAGCCUGAAGGCUUCAUUAAUAAUGAAGUUACCCCAUAAUCAAAGAUUAUGGGGUAAAAAUGGGUGAUUUUGGGUUGUCGUGUUGGGGUAGGCAACUCUAAGGGCCUUUAAGAUCCAAAUCUUGAGCUGGAGCCAUUGGGGUCUGUUGAAUUGGAAGGGACCCUUGAUAAUCAUCAAGGUAAUGAAGCCUGAAGGAAUAAGAAAGCGAAGAUAGAAUGGAAAUCCAUCAAAAAUUAUGGGGUAAAAAUGGGUGAUUUUGGGGUUGUCGUGUUGGGGUAGGCAACUCUAAGGGCCUUGAAGAUCCAGAUCUUGAGCCAAAGCCAUUGGGGUCAGUUAAAUUGGAAGGGACCCUUGAUGAUCAUCAAGGUAAUGAAGCCCGAAGGAAAAAGGAAGUGAAGAUAGAAGGAAAAUCAGUCAAAGAUUAUGGGGUAAAAACAGAUGAUUUUGGGGUUGUUGUGUCGGGGUAGGCAACUCUAAGGGCCUUGAAGAUCCAGAUCUUGAGCCAAAGCCAUUGGGGUCCUGUUGAAUUGGAAGGGACCCUUGAUGAUCAUCAAGGUAAUGAAGCCUGAAGGAAAAAGAAAGCUGAGAUAGAAUGGAAAUCAAUCAAAGAUUAUGGGGUAAAAACAGAUGAUUUGGGGGUUGUUGUGUCGGGGUAGGCAACUCUAAGGGCCUUUAAGAUCCAGAUCUUGAGCUGAAGCCAUUGGGGUCGGUUGACCCCGAAGGGAAAAGAAAGCGAAAACAGAAGGGAAAUCAAUCAAAGAUUAUGGGGUUAAAAUAGGUGAUUUUGGGGUAAAAAUGGGUGAUUUUAGCGUUGGAGUAGGCAACUUCAAGGGCCUAUAGGAUCUAUAGGCAUCCCUGGUGGUCUAGUGGUUAGGAUUCGGCGCUCUCACCGCCGCGGCCCGGGUUCGAUUCCCGGUCAGGGAAGGUUUUUUCUUUUCCCCUAAAUCCCCAUUUUUUCCCCCAUUUUCUCGAUGUAAAAAAAUCCCAUUUUCCGCCCCAAAAACGGCCUCAGAGCGAAUAAUCCUGCUGCUUUUCUUGUUCUAUCUCCUUCCCAGCUGAAAUAAACUGGAAGCGAUGGCUCUGCCUUCUAUUAACACACCAAUAAUCAUUAAAAACCCCAAAAAUGGGGGAAAAAAACUAAGUGUUUCUGCCCGGUUUCGAACCGGGGACCUUUCGCGUGUGAGGCGAACGUGAUAACCACUACACUACAGAAACCUCCAUAGGGAUCCAUUAUACCUCCCUCUCCAUUCACUUUAAUUACUCCCCCUUUUAAUUAAUCCCACUUUAAUUAAUCCCACUUUAAUUAAAUCUCCCAUUUAAUUGACCCCCCGAGUUAAAAUUAUCCAUUUAUUCCGGCCCCGAAUAAAGCAGAUUUCCCCCCUUAAAAUCCAUAUUAAAACACAGCCUUUUUGCUACCCCCAUUACACACUUUAAGACCUUCAAACAGCACCAAAAACACCGAAUCUAACCCCAAAACGGGCUCCCAUAGGGUUCAAUGGACAGCCCGGCUAGCUCAGUCGGUAGAGCAUGAGACUCUUAAUCUCAGGGUCGUGGGUUCGAGCCCCACGUUGGGCGCUUCCAUUUAUCUCCUUUUUUUGCUCAAUUUAAAGCACAAAACCACAGCGACCGACCCCAUAAGACCCCAAUUAUAACAUAUAGUAUAAAAAACCAUCAUUUUCAGGUCCAAAUAACCCCGUUUUUAAGCCCAUUUUACAGCUGUCAGGAUGGCCGAGUGGUCUAAGGCGCCAGACUCAAGGUUCAUUCCUUCCCAAUGGGAUUUCUGGUCUCCCCUGGAGGCGUGGGUUCGAAUCCCACUCCUGACAAGCGCUAUUU